CGUUUAACUUGUACCUCCUUACUAGGGCGAUAUGUGCGUGUCAAAGUACAUCCAAAAAUAUACUUGUGACUGCAAAAAGAAGAUGGAGUUCGAACAAUGCGAGGAGCGCCAGAGAACAAAUGUCAAGUGCCACCUUGUCAGGAAGAAAAAUUCGAACAAUUAUUGUUCAAGACACCGCAGCAUGCUAGCAAGUGGGUUCUAAACGAUUAUCAUUUCCUUCCCUUCUUCAAAAGUAGCC